AUGUGGUCAAUUGCGGGACAUCGGAUCGAUCCCCCGUCCCCGGGGCGGCUGCGGGCGCUCUUCCUGCCGCCCGCGCGGGAGCUCGGGCGCCUGGGGGACUUCCUCUUCGCCUUCUUCUGCCUGCCGCUGCCGGAGUACUACGUGCCCGGGUCCAGCCGCGGCGGCGGGUGGGUGGCGCGGGCGCCGGUGUUGUAUACCUACCGGAGGUCGCUCUCGGUCGCCUCCUCGUCCUUCUCGUCGUCGUCCAUGUUCUCGUCGGAGGAGGAUUGAUUGCCCGGAGGAAUAGGGAAUUGUACAAGUUGCUAAAUGCGAUGGAUUUGUAGUUGGUUUGUUCUUUUGCAUAUAAUCGAUUUGGUGUGGUGGAAUUCGAUU